UUAUUCCAGUUUCUCAACAACAAACUGAAUAUCAGUUUUUAUUAGAAAAACAGAAAAACGAAUUUCAAAAUGCAUUAGCUCAACAAAAAACUGAAUAUCAAUCCUUAUUGGAAAAACAGAAAGCCGAAUUUCAAGCACAAAUGAUCCAGCAACCAGUUGCUCAAAAAGAACAGAUACCACUUCCACAAAUCAUUAGACAACCAAAAGGACCACCAUCUUCAUUGAAUACAGAAGAAGGUAUAAAAAACCAUUAUUUAACCAAAUAUUUAAAUGAUUUGGGUAUAUUUAGUAAGGAAAGUUUUGAUUCAAAUUAUCCUAUAAAGCCUUUUCAAAGACCUCACGCACAGCAAAGUAAUGUUUCUACUAGAAUUGAUAUAGUAGAGGAUGGAAUAAAUGAGACUCGUAAUGCUGUAAAUCAGUUAACCAAAGAAUUUCAGAAACUAAAUAUACCUAAAGACAAUACUGCAAAAUCUAACCUAAAACGGUCUUAUUUUACUCCUCUUAAGCCUAUAUAUCCUCAAAAGAAGGAGUUGAUAAUAAGAGUGGAUAUGAUGAAGAAAACGAUAUAUGAAAAUAAGCGUCCUGAAACAUAUGAUGAGCUAUUACCAAAGCUUUCACCAGCAAUGCGCAAAAUGUGUUUAUCUCGAAGGGAUUGGGGGAAUGAAUCGAAAAAAUCAGAUGAAUGGUUUUCAUCCUUACAGUACUUGCAUUGUAAUAUAAAUGAUUUAUCAAUUUCUGAAUCUUUUUUAGAUCCAGGAAGUGAGUUUGGAUCUUUGAAUGAUUCGACAAUUAAUGCCCUGGGGUGGGAAGCUGACAACUUAUCUAACUUCAAUAUAAAAGGUAGCUCUAAACAUAUCACUGAAUCACUGGGAUGGUUUACGGAUGUGCCAGUCAGUAUAAAAGAUAAGAAUGGUAAAACCGUCACAGCUACCGGAAAAUUUACUCGUAUUGAUAAUGGUGAACCCGAACCAAUGUUAUGUUUAACAUGGAUUCGAAAAGUUCAAG